AUGGAGAUAAAUCGGAGAUUAAGCCAUAUCGAGGAUAAUUUCCUGUCGUCGGAUGAAAGUUGUGAUUCAGAGCAAAUAAUUUGUGACGAUGUGACAGAGACUAUGGUGAUAAAGAGUGAAAAAAGUGUUCGACAAAGUUCAUUUAGUAUUGACAGUAUUCUUGGAGUGGAUAAAAAGACAACAAAAGAUGAUGUCCAACAACCUUUAAAGCCUUCUGCCCGAUUGUCACCUGCAUCUACAAGUGGAACUUCUACAAGAAGCAAUGUCCUUUCUACCAAAACAGAUCUCCUUCUCGGUGAUCUACCUGAUUAUGAAGAACUUUAUGAAAGAAAACUCUCUCAAUCGCAAGUUCAUCCUCUAACACAUGUAUUACAUGAUUAUCCUUCGGCACAUCCCUCAACAGUUUUAUACAGCAAUUGGAUUGGAAUACCUUCGAAAGUAAUGCCACAUCAAUCUCAUUUUCAUUCUGCAAAUUACAUUUUAGGAUUACAAGUCCCUAAACCAAGUGGAAAACGCUUUCGAAAACCCGGUGUAGACCGUAAACCACGACAAGCUUACAGUGCCAAACAACUUGAACGUCUUGAAAAUGAAUUCAAACAAGAUAAAUACCUUAGUGUGAGUAAGAGAAUGGAAUUGUCAAAGAAUCUUAGUUUGACGGAAGUUCAAAUUAAAACUUGGUUCCAAAAUCGUCGAACUAAAUGGAAAAAACAAUUGACAUCGAGGCUAAAAAUUGCCCAAAGACAAGGUAUCUAUGGAAGUCAUCUUUAUCUUACACCAGCCGGACUAGCAGCAGCUGCUGGUGCUUCGGUAACAUCACCACCACCUGCUUUAUUGCCACACUAUUAUACUGCGCCAUUUUGCAUUGUAAGCAAUAAUGGUGUUGUACAAGGAAAUAAUUCAACGUCUCAAUCAAGUGCCAAUUAA